AUGUGUAAGAAGGCACAACUGGAUACCUCUUCUUUCCUCACAACGUCCGGGACCCUCAAGAUGCACGACGACCGUGGAGACAUAACGGAACCGGAUAUCUUACUCCCGUUGGCGACAGCAUGGAUAGGAACCGGCGGGAAAAGAUCUCGCGCCCGAAUUCUACUCGACUGCGGAUCUCACAGGUCCUACAUCACCACGGAAGCGGCGAAACGGAUAGGAGCUGUCCCAACAAACGCCGUCAGGACUUCCGUUAAAACCAUGGGGAACGUCAUAACGACGCUGGACACAUGGCUUCAUCGAAUCGUCAUCUCAAGCCAACACGAUCCGAAGUCGAACAUCACUCUCGAAUGCAUCGAAAACCCAUCGAUAACGGAUUCGGACUUCCCAGAAGUCACCAACAACUUCGGACUACUCCCAAUAGCCGACGAAAGGAAAGACGUAGAACCUCCGAAAGUGAUUUUAAUUGUCAUCGGAGCAGCGGAUCUAGCCAGCAUUUAUACUGGAAAAAUGGAAAAAUACUGGUGGAUACACCUCAACCCUGCUCUGCGAAUUGAGAGCCUCAUUGCCGACAAUGAUAUCAGCCAGCCUCGAGGGAAACCCAACUCAGAUUACGAGAAAAAACCAACUCAACACCACGGAAAAGGCCCGGACACAUCGAUCGACAACGAUCUGAAGUUCCUGUGGGAGGGAGAGUUCCUAGGAGUGGAUUCAUCGAUCUCAGAUGAGAAAGACGCGCUAACGGAGGAACUCGACAAAUUUUUCGGUGCAACGGUUGAAAGGAAACUCGACGGACGACUCAGGCUGAGUCUCCCUUUCAUGGACAACCUCGAUACCCUAGGCGACAACGAAAACCUAGCCCGAUCGCGACUCCAUUCAUUUCUGAAGAAGCUGAAGAAAACCCCGGAAAAGCUAGCAGCAGUUGAUAAAGAGAUCAGAGAAUAUCUCUCCAACGGCUUCGCGGAAGAAGCUCUACCUCGUCAGCGGAAUCAAUUGGCACACUAUCUACCGCUACAAGCAGUCUUCAAGAUGAACAACGAUAACUCGAAGAUCACGAAGACACGAGUGGUCAAAGACGCCGGAGCACGGAGGAGCCACGAAGCAGCACUCAACUGCUGUUUGCAUCAAGGCGAAAACCUACUUUCCCUAGUGCCGAAAGACCUCAUCGCGUUUCGGGAAUGCAAAUUCGCCAUUACCGCCGACAUUGAAAAAGCUUUCCUACAGUUCGAGAUCAACCCGAGUGACCGAACUUUUCUCAGAUUCCUGUGGCCACUCGGUAUCGCCGAGAAACCAGACGCCCCCAUCAGGGAAUUUUGGACGAGAGUUCUUGAUUUCGGACUGAUCUGUUCGCCAUGGCUACAUAUCAAAGGGGUGAAGCACCACUUGAAGGACUGCCUUCAGUCAUCCCCCGAGGACCAAGAUUUCAUCACAGAAAUCGCGGAUAACCUGAACAUGGACGAUGUAUGUUUCGGGGUAGACUCCCGGGAAGAGGCGAGAAACAACAUUGCCAAGCUGUUCGAUAUAUUCCAGAAAGCUCACUUCCCUCUCCGAAAAUGGUGCACGAGCGACAGAUUCAUCGCGGAAAUCAUCGAGGAACUGUCGCCACUCGAGAACACUACAAUCACAGCCGGCACCGACGACGCUAAGUUUCUUGGAGUGAGAUGGUAUCACUCAUCGGAUAGUCUCGGUGUUUUCUCGCAGAGAGCUCUGACGGAACUCAAUACGAACAACCCAUCCAAGAGAAAACUCCUCAAAGGGCUCGCACAGAUUUACGACCCUCUCGGCAUCAUGUCACCCGUCACAGUAAGAGCGGAAAUACUGUUCCAAUCCCUAUGGAAGAGAAAGAUCGACUGGGACGACAUCCUCCCAGAAGACAUCAGACUCAGCUACGAAGAUUUCGUCUCCACGCUGAAGAGAUGCGCAGAAUUCAGGAUAAACAGACCGCUCAGCUCGCUGUUCUCGACAGCGAGUUUCGAACUACACACGUUCUGCGACGCGUCACUGGAAGCGUACGGGGCAGUGAUCUACUUGAGAACGAUCGGAAACAACUCAACGGAAUCAAGACUCAUAAUAUCGAAGCCACGAGUCGUACCCACGAAAGCAAGAUGGUCGAUUCAUCGCUAUGAACUCAUGGGAGCCCUGAUGGCCGCGCGCAUGACGGCCGACAUCAGAAACUUCCUGAAACUCAAAAUCGAUCAAGACACACCUGAAAAAUGGCAACCAUUCGUCGCGAAUCGUGUCCGGGAAAUCGGCAAACUAACGUCCCCCGACUCAUGGAGAUAUGUCAAAUCAGAGGAAAACCCCGCAGAUAUAUUAUCUAGAGAGGUCUCGACAAGCGGCAAAGAUAUUCCGAAGACGAGUACCAUCGCGCAGUCCCAACCCUUCAUGGAUGUUAACGGCAUCUUGAGGAUGAGAUCCCGUCUGGAGAGAUCCAACGAUCAUUCGUACGACCAAAAAUACCCGGUAAUCAUUCCAAGCGAAGAUGGCUGGGGCAAAUUGAUCGCGCUCUCUGUUCACGGCAGAGAGUGCUGGCACUGGGGCGGCAUCGCGAUGACUCGACAAAAACUCAGGGAGAAGUACUUCAUUCUGAAAGCUAGAAGAAUCGUCUAUGAGACAUUAAAGACGUGUCCGAGCUGCAAACGCUACAACGCCAAACCAGCCGCUGAGCCGACUCCACCACUGCCAGCCUUCAGAGUCGAAACCACACCGCCGUUUCUCUUCACAGGCGUGGAUUUCGCUGGUCCUUUCGCAUACAAAAAGGAAAACGGAGAGAAGGCGAAAGCGUGCAUCCUGCUGUUCACCUGCGCCGUCUCGAGAGCUAUCGCACUCUUCCUCACUAAAGACCUGUCGACAUAUGAGGUGUUGAAUGCUUUACAAAAAUUCAUCAACCGUUACCCAUCAGCGAAAAACUUCGUCUCGGACAACGGAGCGUCUUUUCGGCGCGCCGAUUUGGAAAUUAAGUUGAUAUACAACCACAUUUCGAGAGGAGACAUCUCAUCAUGGCUCACAGACUCGAAAUUGACAUGGAAUUUCAUCUCACCCGCAGCACCAUGGGUCGGCGGUUUCUGGGAACGAAUGGUUGGCUGCGCCAAACGCUGCCUGAAGAGGACCCUCGGGACAACCAUCCCAUACUUCGGAGACUUCGAGGUUAUCCUCUCAGGCGUAGAAGCUAUAAUCAACCAAAGACCGUAA